AUGCAAGUUGCAGUGUAUGUACACUCCGCGAAUUUUUUCGCCUCUCCUCGCCUCUGCAGCUUUGUGCACAAAGUACCCAAUCUGCAGUGUACGUACACUCUAAAUGUUUGCAAGAAAAGAACAAUUUGCAUUUUUAUUUUCUUCAAAAAAUGUAAACUAGAAUCCCGCGCCUGCUUGGUGCGCGGGAAGCAGCAGCAGCAGCAGCAGCGCCAUUGUGUACUUUGCUGCAGCGCAGCAAACUUCACUCCGAGGGACGCAGCAAAUGUUGCUCUCUGCCUGCAUCGGCUGCAGCAACAGCAGCAGCAACCGCAGCAGCAACAGCAGCAGCAACAGCAGCAGCAACAGCAGCAGCAACAGCAGCAGCAACAGCAGCAGCAGGAACAGCAGCAGCAACAACAGCAACAACAGCAGCAGCAGCAGGAACAGCAGCGACAGCAGGUGCUGCUGCAGCAAUUGCAGCCAGCCGGCUGGAUAGAAGAGUAUUUCAGACGCCUCAAUAACGCAGCAGCAGCAAAGCACUGGGCCAAUGCAGAGCUGCGCGACGCUGCAAAUGCUGCCUUUGCUGCUGCUGCUGCUGCACCAGCUGCUGCAGUUGCAUAUGCUGCUGCAGCGCCUGCUGCUGCUGCGGCGUCUUUUGCUGCUGCAGCACCUGCUGCUGCUGCUGCUGCAGCAAAACCCGCGCUAUCUCCGCUGCUGGAGCUCGCGCUGCAGCUCUUCAGCAAAGCACAAAAGCAAGGCCACCCAGUCUCUCCUCAAGACGUGACUCGCCUGCUGAGGGCUCUGGCGCUCUCAGCUGCUGCCCCAGCAGCAGCAGCAGCAAAUAUAACAGCAGCAGCAGCAGCAGCAGACUUGGCAGCGCAUGCAGAACGCAGCAAAGGCCUCUACUCGAAGAAGCAGCAGCAGCUCGUUGCAGAUUCGCUUAUACAGGUGGGUGUCUGUACACUGAAGCAGCGGCUGCAGCAGCAGCAGCAGCAACAGCAGCAGCAACAGCAGCAGCUGCUGCAGCAGAGCUUUUAA